AUGCAAGAGCAAAUUACAGCACUUUCAUCCGCUGUGCAUCUGCUCGCCGAGGGUCAUCCCGGCAUCACGCCUCCGCAGUCGACUGAGACGAACCAAUCGGUCGUGGCGUCACAGCGAUCUUUCCGUCGUUUGUCGACAGCAGGAAGGGACUGUUUCCAAGGUCCUACCACCUCGGCGUUUAGCUUCGACCUCGCGAAAUCAAGUCUCCAGAGUCGCGGGAUCGUGGAGCGGCAUGAAGCAGGCGAUGCAGACGGAGAGGCAGAUGCCGAUGGAUACGUGACUCAAGAACUAUCUCCGCUAUCAUCUCCCUUGCCGCCGGACAAGAGUCUAAACCUCCUAAGUGGUGAUGCGCUUUGGACGAUCGGGAGGACUGAAGCGUUGCGACUGUGUCGCGUGUACGAGGAGGAGAUGGGAAUCAUGUAUCCCGUUCUGGAUCUCUCGGAGCUUUUGCAUCAGGUUGAAGUGCUUUAUGGCUCGCGGUCUGGCGUGCAGAGUACCGGGGAGCUGGACAGUGAUGAUGUGCAUAUCCUGCGUCUGGUGUUUGCAUGCGCCUUGACGGCUGAGGCGAGCGGGAGUAGUGAGUUGGCUAUGCGUCUAUUCGACAGUGUCCGAGAAGUUGCGGAUAAUUGUGUCUGGGGGGCACCGGAGAUUAAAAGCAUUAUAUUUCUGACCUUAGUGGUGAGUUGCCACUGA